AUGUCGGGAUUCUCUCGCGCGAACGCUGAGUUGGACGGCCAGUCUUACGGUGCCGUUGGCGAUGGGUCUCACUUUGCGCUUCCGCAGCAGCAGGACUUGUUCGGGAUGGACUUUGGGUCGACCAGUGUCUGCAGUUCAUCGACCGAUGCGUCGACGGAGUCGCCUCCUACGCCCGUUUGCUUGGUGAACAAUCGCAGUCCGAUCGACGGCAAUUUCGUCUGGACACCAGGCUUGGAUUCCCGGCGACAUGGUCGUCAACAGUCGAUGCAGAGCUACUUCGAUGCCUUGCCUGGAAGGGCGAGUGUUGGCGACGCAGGCCUGAAGAUAGAGCCGACGCUGUUUCACAAGGCGCGACGACGAGAGCAGAACCGCAUUGCCCAACGCGCCUUCCGUGAGCGCAAGGAAUACCACGCCAAGCAGCUCGAGGACAGCGUGGCGGCACUUCGCGAAGAACAUCGUGCGCUGCAGAAGAAGUACGACCAGCUGAGGGAUGCCCAUACCAGGCUCCAGGAAGUGAUCAAAGUGUUGCUGCAGUCGAAUUAUGUUGCCGUCGAGGAGAAGGCGAGAGAUUCUUCCAUGGCGUCGGACGGUGGAUGA